GUACGUAAGAGCAAGGCUCUAUACUUACCUACCGGUUGAAUCUCUCGUCUCCCUCUUUUUUUCUCACUCGUUUCCCCUAUUACCCUCGUUUGUUCGUCCGUCAACGACCAUAAUCUAUACGAAGUAAGGUCUCUCUCCACCCGGAACGCCACCAGAUCAACAUCACUUUCCUUUCCCACCGUUACCACCCAUUUAAACGCCGGUUCCACCCGUUAUUCUUUCCCACGAGAUCGUCGCCUUUUAUAUUCCCCGGUUUUCCUUACGUUAUACCUUCUUUCCCCACACUGAGCAAACACUCUAAUCCGGGGAAACGCACGUGCAUGCUCAGGGUAGUUCGUCAUGAACAAUGUGAGUGCAACUAAAGGCACUACGUUGUUGAACUUACUCCAGGGACUCAUCCACGGCGCGUUAUUAUUUGAUAACUUGGGCUGUUCUCGCCUGUUUACCACUGACCCCUCUGCGGAGGUGGUUCAGCGGCCAUGACUGUGUUGGACACUCGUGGUCUAUACCCGGAAAUUCCCCCGAAUGCUCGAACGAAGGCCGACGAUAAUCCAACGCUCUUGGUGAGCUGGUGGGCCACCGGCUUCUCCCUGGCUAUCAUUGUGGUUCGAGUUUGUGGUCGCUAUGUUCGUAUCGAGCGCUUCUUUCGGGAGGAUAAGGUGAUGAUGCUUGCCAUUAUUCCCCUCUUGAUCCGUAUGGCCCUUGUGCAUGUUAUCCUGAUCUGGGGGACCAACAAUACGAAGAUAGUAGGGUUGACGACAGAAGAGAUUCAGCAUCGGGUCGUUGGAAGCAGGUUGGUUCUGGUAUCUCGAAUUUGCUAUGCUAUUUUCAUCUGGACUGCCAAAUUUACCGUAUGUGAAUUUCUCAAACGAGUUUCGGAGAUGAUAUGGCGCCGGUCUCUCCGGAUCUUUCUCCAAUUUAUUUAUUAUUUCUUGGGAUCGACUCUGAUUGCCGUGGUACUCGCAACCCUAACCGAAUGCCAGCCUUUCAACCAUUACUGGCAGGUGGUUCCGGAUCCAGGCCCCCAGUGUCGCUCCGGCUAUGCGAACCUGAUUACAAUGGGAGUAUGCGACGUGAUUACGGAUCUUCUUCUUGUGGCCUUUCCUAUCCCCCUGAUCAUGAUGACUCACAUGUCUGCGAAACGCAAAGCCUCACUCGUUAUCCUCUUUGCCUUAUCCUUGAUCCUCGUCGGCAUAACCUGCUACCGCGUACCCUCCGUGAUCGGUCACAAAGGGUCCCAGCAAUACCGAUCUCUUCUGGCAUCUCUAGAGAUCCUCGCUGCCACGGCGGUUUCCAAUGCCAUCGUCAUUGGGUCCUUCGUGCGAGACAAAGGCGUGAAGAAAGCCAAGUUCAAAAAGGCAAUUGGAUCUGCCUCCGUUAGCGAGAGCAUGGAUCACAGCUCGGUUCGUCGUACCACUAUCACGCACCACCACUGGGGCAGUGACUCCGACCUAGCAGGAGAUCUGGGCAUGCGUUUGCACCCCGACCUGGUUUCUUCCGACCACAAGCUGCCUCGGCCAGCCCCGGUGGUUGGUCCCUGUGAGCCCUUAACAGCCCGUACGGGUACCCUUAAUCCAAACUGGUCUUUCAACCGUCAUGCCUCUGCUACCGACGACGACCGAUCCUCUACCACAGGUAGUCUUGAUAUCAAAGUGAGUCCACACGAGUAUCUUCCAACCAAUAAAACGCCGCGCAAAGCGUCGGGCGACGCCGUCCUGAGCUCACCCGGCCGAGUCUCCAUGUUCGACGUCGGCGGUCUUCUGGACCCUUCACCUAGGAGCAGUCCCCCUCCGACUUCACAUAUGCAUUGUCAAAUGCCUCCUCCCGGGCAAAUGACCCGUGCACGCAGUGGAAGCACAGCUUUCCUUCAAGACGUUGGCGGUCUACUCUCCGCCCCGACCUCAGGGACUACUCCAAACGCUUCACCGAACCUUCCACGGCCUGGCGGUCUUCGUAGUAACUCCUAUGGCCGCCGACGAGGAUCCAGCGUGCAUUUUAGUGAUACUCCGGAGUCACCGGCUCCACCGUAUCGAUCUCAAUCCGAUGUAACUGCCCCCAUUCCUGAGGGAACGGACGAUGUCGAACUUCAGGAUGUUGGGGGAUUAUUAUCAAAACAUUCAUGAAUUAUGACGGUAUAUACUAAACGGUAGUUGGAUGUAUAAAUAAGCUUCCUUUUCUUCUUCUGGGGAUUUCUCUUCGCCCUUGCUUUGUUCCCUUUCUUCUAUUGUUCAAUAUGGGCCGUAUGG